CUGUUUCUUUCAUUUAGUCACGAGGAAGAGAAGUACACCGCAACAUGGCGACUCCCAUGCACAGGAUAAUAGCCCGGAGACAAGCAGAGGCAAACAAACAGAAUGUGCGGUGUCAGAAGUGCCUGGAGAUGGGGCACUGGACAUACGAAUGCACAGGGAAGAGGAAGUAUGUGCACAGACCCUCCAGGACAGUAGAGAUGAAGAAGAAACUGAAGGAGAUUGAAAACAAACCUCCUGCCAUCACUGGACCUGGGACAGAAGAUUCAACUGAGAAGAAAUCUAAAAAGAAGUCUAAAGACUCAAGUGGCAGCAGCAGUGACUCGGACAGCUCGUCCAGUGAAGACUCCUCAGACAGCAGUGACUCCUCCAGCUCCUCGUCCGACAGCAGCAGUGACAGUGAUGAUUCUUCAUCGUCGUCAUCCUCCUCGUCCUCCUCCGACAGCUCUGACUCUGACAGCAGCAGCGACUCAGACCAGGGUCAGCCAAAGAAGAAGAAAAAGAAGAAAUAAAAUGGAAAAUUACCCUAUAAUGUUGGCUAGUAUAUUUGGGUUGUAGUUCAAGUUAUCUGGGACUUACAAGGUUGUUGUCAGAUUCUAUAAGAACAAGGGGCCAGUAUUUCGUUAUUAAUUAUAGUAUCUCCAAAACAAUAUCAAAAAGGAAAAUGUGUAUUAUUCCAAUAUGUUAUGAUAAACACCACAAAAUCAAUAGGUUAUCAGCCUUACCGUUUUAUUUUAAAAGUAUGUCUAAACUUUAUCAAAUUAAUAUUCAAGUUGAAGAAAUGUAUACAUUUCAUGAAAGCGCUGGGUUAUAAUAAAUCUGUAAUUACUGAGCCUAUCACCAUGAAAACAAAAACAAGCCAAGAUGAAACACCUUGCAGCAUCAAACUGACAUUCACUUCCUCACGACAGAUGUCUUUUGAGUUGAGCAUGGUACAAUAUGAUGCUGGUGGUAAAUAAUUAUAUUAGAUGUACAUAGUGUCGAGCAUCUUCCUCUCUUUCAAAAACUACAUCCAUAGUUGUUUUGGUAUGCAACUACGCCUAUUUCUCUACCAAUAGACUGUACAUGUCCAACCAUCUUGGGCCUUUGUCGUAAUCUUCAAACAUUUAACAUAAGCUGUCUCCUGAUGUACUAUUGCUAUUUUUUCCACUCUAGUUUUAACCUAUUGGUUUGUGCUGCAAGAUUUUAUUUUUAAUACCAUAGCUAUUGGCAUCUUGGAUUACAUUGGAAUCUUUACUUGUUCUAUGCUUAGUUGGAUAUUAAAGUUUAGCUGCAAGUAUUUUUUUUAUCUGUCAUGUUACAGUAUUAUUCUCUGCAUCUAUCUUCAUUUUAAAUUAACAUGUUAAGAUGCAAGCUUUUGUACUAAAGUAUAUUUUAGCAUAGUAACAAAAUACACAUGUACAAUGGAGAUUAAUGGGAGCUUGUUCACAAAAUAAAAUGUUGACAUUUUCA